CAGUCAUCAUCAUCGACCAGUCACCGAGCAACACAACAUGAUCAAGUUUGUCGUUCUCGCCCUGUGUGUGGCCGCCGCGGCUGCCGGCGGUGGAUAUGGUGGUGGAUAUGGUGCCCAGAGCCACGUCAGCGUCCAACAGUACAAUCCCUGGGGCAGCAGCAAAUACGGAGUUCACCAGACUCACGCCACUUAUGCCGGCCAUGGCGGUGGAUACGGCGGAUACGGAGGAUACGGCAAGUUUGUCGGAGGACACGCCAAGGUCUACGCUCAGGCCCAGGGAUCUGGUGGAUAUGGACACGGCGGAUACGGCGGUGGACACGGUGGAUACGGCGGUGGACACGGCGGAUACGGCGGUGGAUAUUCCUACGGGUACAGCGCUGAUGUCGGGCACGGUGGAUACGGCCACUAAUUUAAUUAUAUUGAGCGUCGUAACAUCGCCAAUUCAUCGUGUUUGUGUGAUUUAUGAGUGUGGUGUGUGCAGUUUUCUAAAAGGCAUUUAAAAUAUACUGCAAAGGAA